UUUUACAUUAUUACUUCACAAUAUAAGUUCAAGUAAACCCGUCCCCUUGCACUCAUAAAUAUUCCUAUCUUCUCACAAUCCCAUCUCACACUAUUAUAACCUAAAGACACUACUCAUCCGUACAACAACAAAAUUUCCAUUUUUAAUCAAUCUCAACCUCUUGGAAGAUUUCACCUUCUUCAUAUUAGCUUCUCUUCCUUAACUUUACCUACAUGGAAGAUUUCAUCCUUUCACCUUCUUCAUAUUCAUCUAUGAUUUCACUCCCCCAUGAAAACCCUUCACAACAAACACAAACCCUUCAAAAAAAACUUCAAUUAUUACUACAAACCCAAUCCAACAAUUGGGUCUAUGCCAUUUUUUGGCAAACAACAAAAGAUGAAAAAGGCAACACUUUCUUAUCUUGGGGUGAAGGCCAUUUCCAAGGAACCAAAGAAACAACAACAAUUUCUUCAAACAAACGAAACGACACAGACACUGACACAAGUACAAACGGCGAUGCUGAAUGGUUCUAUGUUAUGUCGUUGACUCGAAAUUUCAGUGUUGGUAAUUCUUCUUCCAUUUCUUUACCCGGUAAAGCUUUUGCUUUAGAUUCCGUUCUUUGGUUAAAUAGCAAACAUGAACUCCAAUUUUAUAAUUGUGAGAGAUCCAAUGAAGCACACAUGCACGGAAUCGAAACCUUAAUUUGUAUUCCGACAACUAAUGGCGUAAUAGAAAUGGGUUCUUAUGAAAAUAUCCAACAAAAUUGGAACCUAGUACAUCAAGCUAAAUCUAUGUUCCAAUCAACAUCUUCAGAAUCAAACUCAAAAUUAGAUCUCAUCUCCACCACCCCACUUGACAAAAACCAAACUUUCGACCAAAACAUUUCACUCUCCGACAUGGGUCUCGUCUCAUGUGCCAGAGGCACCGGAGACGAAACCAAGGAGACACAAAAAAUUAUGAAUAAAAAAUUGCAACCAAAGCAUAACAUUGAUGUUUCAUCAUGUUAUGUUGAUUCUGAACAUUCUGAUUCAGAAUAUUGUCCACAAUUAGAAACACCAAAAAGUGAUUAUGUUGAUGAGAAAAGAGAAUUGAAGAAGAGAGGAAGAAAACCAUUAACAGGAACAACUCAAACACCAAUGAACCAUGUAGAAGCAGAGAGGCAAAGGAGAGAGAAACUGAACCAUAGAUUCUAUGCUUUAAGAGCUGUGGUUCCAAAUGUUUCAAGAAUGGAUAAAGCUUCUUUGUUAUCAGAUGCAGUGGAUUACAUCAACGAGUUAAAAUCAAAGAUUAAAGAUUUAGAAUCUGAGAAAAAAAGGGAAUCUAAAAAAGUGAAGAUGGAAACUAUGGAUAAUCAAAGUACAAUGACAACUUCAACUGUUGUGGAUCAAAAAAGACCUAAUAGUGUUAAUGCUUUGGAUAUUGAUGUGAAGAUUAUUGGAAAUGAUGCUAUGAUUAGAGUUCAAUCAGAGAAUGUUAAUCAUCCUGGUGUUAGAUUAAUGAGUGCAUUGAGGAAUUUGGAUUUUCAGGUACAUCAUGCUAAUAUAUCUUGUGUUAAUCAUGUUAUGCUUCAAGAUGUUGUUGUUGUUCAAAUUCCCAAAGAGAUGAGAAAUGAAGUAUCUCUUAAAUCUGCAAUUCUCAUGAGAUUAGAUGAUCCGGAGUGAAAAAAUUUAUCCAACUUUUAAGCUAUACGUGUUUAAUACUGCUAAAAUAAAACUUGUGUCAUCUCAUUUAAAUGUGGUUUUUAUGUAUUGUGUUUAUGUCUUAUGUCUAUAAUGCUUAACAUUUUUUUCUUAUGUCUAUAAGGUUCGAACCUGAUCCCUCUAUAUUAUAUGCAAUAUCUCCGUCAACUGAGUUAUACUCACGAAGACAAUUGUUUAGUUUUUUUUAGCCCUUUCUUUUUAUAUGUAAAAUAAAUAAAGUAGUGUGCUCGACGGUAGAAGGAGGGUUAUUUAACCUCCAAUCAUGUAAUUGUACUAUAUCAUUGAUGAUUGGAUCAGUUAUGCUAUUUUCUUUGUCA